AUGGACAUCAAACCCAUUCCCGCCUUCUACUGCUGUUACCUCCUCCGCUCCACAGUGCGGCACUCGAGUCUCUACAUCGGAUCCUCACCAGACCCAGCCCGUCGCCUCGCUCAGCACAACGGUCGAAUCAAAGGUGGCGCCAUACGCACUUCUCGAGCGAGCCUUCGUCCCUGGGAAAUGGCAUGUAUCGUCGCCGGGUUUCCCUCCAACAUUGCGGCUUUGCAAUUUGAAUGGGCAUGGCAAAAUUCCCACUUGACCCGCCACAUUUCCCCUGAGCAGCGCAUCUCCUUUGCCACCAUUCGGACCAAAACCUCCAGGACGGGGAAAACCACCAGCAGGUCAGGGCGGCCCCGGACCUCUUUGAUCGACAGGUUAUCAAAUCUCCACCUACUGCUGCGAGCGCCCUAUUUCUCUAAGUGGCCACUCGAAGUCCGUUUCUUCAGUGAAGAUGCGUAUCGUUCCUGGUCAACGUGGUGUGGACGGGUUGACACUCAGAUCCGACCGGAGAUUCAAGUGCAUUUUGAUCCACCAGGACCAGGAACCCAACAGCUGGAGGAGUUCACUUCUGCUCAGCCUCAGCCAAUCCAGAAAAAGAAGAAAAGAACCGAUCGGAUCGGCAAGGGCGGCGUCGACGGCGUCGAUCCCACAUACGCGCGACUUCAAGGGGUCUUUGAAAAGAGCCAAUUUCUCCUCGAUGAAGGUGAUAAUCAGCAAUGUUCGGUAUGCGCAAAGAUCAUCGAUCUCCGUAAGAGCCUCUUCGUCAUUUGUCAUACGCACAACUGUCAGGCCAUAUCCCAUAUUAGAUGUCUAGCCGACGCGUCUCGAAAUAAAAGCCAGUCAGCUUCAUCGAUCAUCCCAGAAUCUGCAACGUGUCCAAAAUGCCAACAGGAACAUGCUUGGUUGGCAUUAAUGCAGCAAGUCUCCCUGCGGCACAGGGGGUUGACGGAGGUGAAAAAGCUCCUGGGUAAGAAGAGCAGGGGUUCGGCAACCGUAGCGGCAGAGAUAUUGGAGACAGAAAGCGAAGAAGAGGAUAGUCCGUCGGAAAGGGAAGAAGAAACGCUUACCGCGAGACAUGUGGUUGAUGAGGAGACUGAGAUGAGCUUUAACGAUGACGAUGAAGACACGCUGUCCGUUGCAUCUGCAGAUUCGCUCGUAAGUAUGGCGUCCAAUAAGUCGAGUAGGCUAGCAGUUAAGCCUGAUGCCGGUAUGGAAGAAACUGAUAGACUCCAAAUAGUCAUUGAAGAUAGUGAAGACGAAGGAUGA